AUGGCUGACAAUAAAGUUGCUAAACAAUCAUUGUCUUGUGCUACAGUUUUUAUCAAACGACUUACUAAACGUAUACCAAUGACUCAGGUACAUGAUACUAUUAAUACACGACAUGUUUUGAAACCAGCAUUAAACUGGUAUCUAAUAACUGGUAUAGGUCUUGGUGGUAUUAUUGGUUCAGGAAUACUUGACUUAAGUGGAAAAGCUGCUGCAGAAUAUGCUGGUCCAUCAGUAAUUAUUUCGUUUAUUGCCAGUGGAAUUGUCGCUUUACUAGCCGCUUUAUCAUUUUCUGAAUUAGCGGCGAUGAUGCCUCUGUCCGGUGCAGCCUAUACAUAUACUUAUGCAUCUUUAGGAGAAUAUGCAGCUUGGUUUAUUGGAUGGAAUUAUGCACUUACUUAUCAAUUAGCUGCUUGUACAGUAGUAGUUAGCUGGAGCAAAUAUGUUACCCAUUUUAUUUACGUUGUAUCUAAUUAUAAUGCAACAACCUCAUUAAUCCAAGCACCAGUAGCUUGGAGUGAUGAUACAGAAAGUUUUUCAAUUACUGGCGGUGCAAUCAACUUACCUGCAAUUGUUAUUACUAUUGCUAUUACAAUUCUUCUUAUGAGUGGAAUUUACGCAACAGCUAUAGUCAAUCUUGUGUUAGUAGUAAUCAAAAUUAUUAUUCUAUUGAUAUUCAUAUUUUCAACUUGUAAAUUUGUAAAUGUUGAUAAUUAUCAACCGUUUAUUCCAUCAAAUCAAGGUUCGUUUAGUCACUAUGGAGCAUCAGGUACUGCAUAUGCAUGCACAUACGUCUUCUUUGCUUAUGUUGGCUUUGAUUCAAUUGCAACAGUAGCUGAAGAAGCAAAAGAACGAACACGAACACUACCAUAUUCAACUGUAGCAUCGGUACUAAUCUCAUUCCUAAUCUAUAUAGGAGUUUGUACUGUUAUGGUUGGACUUGUACCAUACCAACUUCUAAAUGUAGACGAUCCUCUUUCUACUGCUUUAAAGGCUACACCUUAUGGUGUUUGGUUACCGGCUCUUAUGGAUCUAGGUGCUAUUGCUAGUCUUACAUCUGUGGCACUAACGGCCUUGCUUUCACAAACUCGAAUAUUUUAUGCAAUGGCUAAGGAUAAUUUAUUACCAUCCUUCUUUGCUAAAAUUCAUUCUAGGACUGAAACUCCAUGGGUUUCUACAAUCAUUAGCGGUAUAUUUUGUGCCGUUUUUUCGGGUAUUUGUCCAGUAGAUAUUGUUGGUCAAACGUCAUCAGUUAGUGCUCUAUUUAUAUACUUUUUUGUACAUAUUGAAGUUCUAGUCAUGCGCUAUACACAUAAAGGUUUGCAACGACCAUUUCAAACCAUAAUUGAUCCGAACCUUAUUGCAGUAGUAGGUGCAAUACUAUGUAUACUAUUCUUAAUACCUACAAAAAAAGUAACAUGGUUUCAGUUUCUUUCGUGGACUGUAUUAGGUCAAACUUUUUACUUUUGCUUCGGAUAUUGGCAUUCUAAGAGACGACAACCACAACGACUCGAAUCAAUUAAUAGUGCAGCCGAGCGUGUAUCAACAAUAGGACUUGUGUUAGCAAACGAUCCACAGAAUGAAUUCGAAUUAAAUUCAAAUAACAAUGCAAAUAGUGAAUCUGAAUCAGAUUGGAACAACGAAGCAACUGACCAAAUAAUUGAAAAUACAAUUGAUGAUACAGUCAUAAUGAGGUUUUGA